AUGUCAGAUAAUAAUAGUUCCUGUGAUGACUCUGACUCAUCUGACUCAUCAUCAUCAGAAGAUGAACAAAUUCAGAAACCAAUCUUCAUCUCAAAAAAACAACGCAUAAAACAAUUAACACAAGAAGAUCAAAAGCUUAAUGAAGAUCGUCAAAAACAAAUACUUUUAUCAAAAUUAGAGAAUAAUGACCUGAAACUGUUAACUGAAGUAGCUACAGAUAAUGCAGAUGACUUGUUUGAUGGAAUAGAUGAUACUGAUGAUCUUGAUCCUGAACAAGAAUAUGAUGCGUGGAAACAACGAGAAUUAAUGCGAUUCGAAAGAGAUCAAAAGAUUAUUGAACAACAAGAAUUACAAAAAGAAGAAGAAUUACGUCGUAGUGAAAUGACAGAAAUUGAAAAGGUAAAGGAAUUUCAACUGAGAAAGAAGCAACAAGAUGAUACCAAAUCUAAUAGUAAUGAUAAUAACCACGGCUAUUAUCAUAAGGGAGUAUUUUAUAAUGAUGAAGAUAAAGAAGAUAUGGCCAAUUUAUUAAAAAGAGAUUAUACUGAGAUUGCUAAUGACAAUGACAACUUAAAAGAUCAUUCAAGACCAACAAGAUUAAAAUUAGAUUGA